AUGCCCCUACCAGCUGAAGAUGCCAGUGCUCGACCCAGACGAAGGCAUGGGAGACGGCAGAGUCGGCAACCGGAGACGUCUACUUUAGCCUGUGGAUGGUCAUGCUCCAGAGCCUUGCUGAUCAUUGCUGUCCUAUCGACUAUUCUGCUUGUCGCAAGCACCUACUCUCAGGCUGAUGCUUCUUCUUUGAUGAGCCUCUACCUGCAAUCUGCUGCUGCAGAUCGAUUCCUUGGCCGUCCAGCCCUGGAAGGUCGCAAUGCGACAACAGACGCAGACAGAACAAUAUCUACGCCAGCUCCAACCACACCAGCUGCGACAUCCGUGCCACCUCAGACGACUGCUGCUCCAGUUAGAGAGCCUGUGGCAACGACCAGAGCGUCUGGAGCUCCUUCCACGACACUUCCGACACUUCAGACUACGCUUCAGAGCUCACAAGCCGAUGGCCCUGUGAUGCAGGUCACUGAUGGGUCUGGACGUUUGGGCAACAACUUGGCCUUCAUCCUUCGUGGAAUUAUUUAUGCAAAGCUCACUCAUCAUGUGGCGGUUCAAUUCAGCAUUACCAGCAAGUCCGUGAAGGAGCUCUUCGAACCAAAGGCAGUGUUGCAGCUGAGUAGCUCCAAGCUGGAGGGUCAACGUUUCUGUCCAGAGAAGUCUGACAAGCGCCAAGAAGGAAGGCCAAUCUACAACUUCCAGGGCGAGCGAUGCAAGGGUAGCACAGCGAAGGACUUUCACACUUUGGCAUUGGACACCUUGGUGCAGGCAUUCAAACCGGAAUUCAAAAGUUGUUUGAAUAAUGUUGGAGCGCCUGAAGAUGCGGAGAAGGAGUUGACAGUUCACCUCAGGGGGCAGGACCUUUGGGGCAUGGCUGAGUAUGAGCUCAAAUCUGAUAAGCCGAUACCCAUGGAGGCGAAUGCGCAUCAUUGGCUUUGGCAUCAGCCGCCAUGCACCAUGUACCGCAAGAUCAUUGUCGAAGAAGGCUUCAAGAAAGUCAUCGUGGUUACAAGCCCGGACUUGAGGCAUGUUUGUGUCGAGUGGCUCAAAUCCAAUGCUGCCAGCCUUGGCAUUGAGGUGGUAAUUCAAUCUGGGAGCCUCAUGGAGGACUUCUGCGCCCUUGCCAAAGCAUCGAACUUGGUGUUGUCUUUUUCAACGCUGGGCGACAAUGCCGCUGUGCUGAACAAGCGAGUCAAGAAGAUAUUCUUUCGUGAGUUUGCCCAAACGCAUUCAUUGAUGGAUUGUGGGCUAUGGCCAGGAACCACCUUAUACCAGUACAAGAUGCCAAUCAGCGAAGGAAAGCAUCCACCAUAUGGCAACACUUAUCGAGAGAUCAUCAAGUGGUUCACGACCUAUGACGAGACGCAGAUCACCAAGUCUGAGGGAUGCAGGUGA